AUGGCUGAUGUGAAAACGUGGUCUGUUCUUAAUGUGCUGUUGAUCCCUGCUGUCCUGCAGGAGCUGCAGGCUGAGACCCUGGUUGGACACCAGCUCCUGCAGGAUGUUCUCUGUGAGGCUCUGCAGUCCAUGGAGAAAGAACCAGCAGAGAGAAGGUCUGAGCUUCUGAUGCAAAUGACUGGUAUGAAGAAGAGCUGGUCCAGUUCUGUGGCUCUGGCCCGACAGAACUGGACCUUGAUGAUGGAUCAGCUGCAGCAGUGGACACUCUAUCAUCGUGGGCUGAAGUGUUUGAAGAACCUGUUUGUGACGGUGGGCUCUGUGCUGCCCCCUACAGGACAGUGUGUGUGCUCAGUGCAGCAGCUGCAGAGCUGCACAUCUCUUCAGCAG